UUUUCUUUUUGAAGCUAUCACGAUACGAUUACAAGCUUCGUCUUUGUUUGUACAGCCAUGCUUCUAGAAGAACUUCAUGCCCAAUUUAAUUACCAAUAAGAAUAAGUAUUAUAUAUAACUACGCGACUAAUAUAUUUUCGAAAUCUGAUGAUGACUAGUAUCUCUGCUGGCCAGCUCAUCAUUGUUGUUAUUCAUGCUGCAUAGCUUUCCCUGUCGUUGAACCUUCCGACCUAGGUCAUUAUUUUAAAGGAACUCCGAAGAAGCCAUCUCCGGCACGUCGCUAUGUCUAGUAAAGAAGGGGGCCAAAUUGGCCAGGCGCUGGUCGAUUUCUCCCUACACGGCAUUUUCCCGGAUGAAGACAUAUCAUCGCGACGAAUUUCAGCGCAAGAUCUUGCGCCAGCUUUAGCAUCAUUGGAAACAGCGAAGAUAAAACUAGAGUCUGACAUCCAUAAGAUCAACGAAGAGACUGCCCCAGACGUAGACCAAUGGAUCACCAAUGCGAAAUCGCUCGAAGAUGAUAUAAACCGAUCGCGAACAUGGGCGAACGAUAUCCUGCGGCGGUCGCAAGCACCUGACGUAUCAGGUAAAGCAAUAGAAGAAGCAGAAGCUAAAGUUAAGUUUCUGCAACAAGAGGUUGAAUACAGCCAACAAGUCCACCUUGCAUUAGGGAGUAUCAAACACGUGAAUGGGCUCUUAGACCAGGUUGAACAAGCGCGGGACGAGCGUAGGAUAUUGGAUUCUCUUCAUCUCUUAGAAAAAUCUUGGUCUGGGUUGGACGCAAUUCCCGUCGGAAAAUCCUGCCGUGUCAUGAAACUGCUUGACAUAAGGGCUUUCGAAUUGAAAUCCACGAUUCAUGAUGUGCUCGACCGGGUUUGGGAUUCCCUAGUACAGGUAGACCGAGAGAACAGAAAGAUUGCUGUAUUUCAAAGUCAUGAAGAUGAGCAGAUGAGUCUAGCCGAUGCUGUUGUAGGUCUAAAAGCGUACAAGGAACUUGAUAAAAAAAUGACUUCGUUCUGGCAUGGCAUCGACCAAACCAUUGUCGGUCCACGCACCAACAUUGAAGCUCAGGAGCUACCCAAGAUCCAAUUAGAGGGUUCGUAUCUAACUCUGGGUGGGAGCGCAGAUAGGUCUAUCACUGCUUUAUUUUCCGAUCUGGACCAGGUGAUGACCUAUCUAUCUGAGCGCUUACCGGAAGAGUUGGUAUACUCCCUAUCCAACAUAAUGAUGCAAGACCUCGUCCCUCGGCUUAUAAGCACUUGGCUAGACAUAGCAGUUCCAGCAUCUCUAAAAGAAAUGGACGAGUUUCAAGAUGUUACGGAAGCUGUAAGGGCAUUUUGCAGCCGCUUGCGGGGUUUGAAACUCUCUGGGUUCCAAGAGCUACAAGAGUGGGUUGACGAUGCUCCGAGGGUGUGGUUAUCUAAAUGUAAAGAAACUGCAUUAGACACCGUUCGUACGAGGCUUUCCCGAGGACUCGGCCAACCGAAGGAAGUAGAACGUGUCGAAACUCAAUCCGUCACGCGGUCCGAAGGCAAGGAAUUGGUUGCUAACGGUGUUAGCCCUUCGAAUGACGAUGAUGACUGGGGCGCAGCGUGGGAUGAUGGGGAGACAGAUACUCAAAAAGACGCCAAUUUAAAACCAGAGGCAAACGAAGAUGACGGAACGGAUGCAUGGGGUUGGGGUGAAGAUGAUACCGUAGGCGAACAGCCCCAAACGGAACCAGCAGUUGAAGAAGACCCUGCAGCAGCAUGGGGAUGGGGUGAAGAGGAUACGAUAGAAUCAGCCCCUGAAGAGCCGACGCCGAAAUCUCAACCUUCAAAUGCACAGACUCGUGAGUUGACGUUAAAAGAAACUUAUAAUAUUUCUUCUAUGCCAGAACCAGUCUUAGCACUUGUCUCGGCUAUUCUUGAAGAUGCAGCCUCACUCGUUGGGAGUGACGGCAACCCGAUGGCGUCAACAGCUGGGGGCCUCUUUUCAUUACCAACCCUUGUCCUUGCUAUGUUCCGCGCCGUGUCACCAUACUACUACACUCUUAAUACGGGCGGCAACAUGUUCCUAUAUAAUGACGCGACCUACCUUUCCGAACGGCUUUCGGACCUCGCUAAGGACUGGAAAACUCGCGAAGAUCUAACGCCUCGCGCGAUCGCGAUGCUCCGCCUCGACAACGACAUCAAGGCGCUCCAGUCCUUCGCGACCCGCGCCUACUCGUCCGAGAUGUCCACACAAAGAACAGUAUUGAGGGAUUUACUUGGUGGUUCUCAGAAUCUUCUCCAGCAAGACGGGCUCGCCACUUCCGACCUAGAAGCACAAGUCGACAGCGCAACCGGGCACGUGCGUGCCCUCGCCGCAACAUGGUCUACUAUUCUGUCGAAAUCAGCCUGGAGCCAAGCCGUAGGUUCACUAGUCGACACCCUCGCCGCGAAACUUGUCUCCGACGUCAUGGACCUAGCAGGCAUCGGCCAAGAUGAAGCGUACAAUAUCGCGAGUCUAAUCGUACGCAUCACAGAGCUCGACGACCUAUUCCUUCCUCCGGGGGCACCGAAGGACGCGGUCCCCACUACGUCCGAGUACGCCGGCAGUUGGCUAAGGCUCAAGUAUCUCAGCGAGGUGCUGCAGAGCAAUCUCCAGGACGUACGUUAUUUGUGGAUGGAGAGCGAGCUUAGUCUAUAUUUUUCAGUUGAAGAAGUGGUCGAGUUGAUCGGCCUGAGUUUUGUGGAUAACGCACGGACGAGAGAGAUCGUCAGAGAGAUCGAGGCACAUCCACAACCGCUUGGGGCGAGGUGACGGAGAGUGGCUAUAGGGCUGUAGCUGAAGUAGAUUACUACCUAGGUAUGUAGAGACGUACAUGAUUAACACCUUAUUCCCGUACUUCAUGUAUUAGUUAUUGCUUGGUAGGUGAUUUGUUUCCUAGGUAGUUUGCUAGUUGCGCUAGACUAAAUUGUAAUGUCUGGUAACGUUUGAUGCCAUUAUCACCGGUAAGAGUCACCGCUACUUUGGCCGCGCGUCCACAAGCUGCAUAGGCUAUCAAAAGAACCGUCAAUCCCAGCCGUUCCGCGGAUAAAGUGCUUACUCUAUAUAUGCCCAUCCAGCCCAGCGGACCUGUCAGCGGCGGGAACGUCAAGGCUACACCCGAAAUUAGGUAAACCCUCUCGUAGGGCGGCUAUACGAAGAAGUGCGGUGCUCGUGGGACGACACAGUGAUCAGUUAAUUAUGUGGAUAGAGAGGGUUGACUUUUGGUUCCAACUCGACGGCCUUGGAUCCUGGGUAAUCGGCAAACCCGAAAACAUACUACUACU